UAAGCUUAGAGGACGUUUUAACUAUUUGCGAUUUAUACCUUCGAUAAGGGUUUUAUUAUGAAUAAGACCAUUAAUAUCUUACUUUAGGUACAACCAAUUGAGUUAUUAGUUAGGUUGUCGUUUCGAUUAAUUAGUUAUUUCCACGCAAAUAAAAAUUAAAGUUUAAGUUUCGAAAAAGUGCAAAUAGAUUACACAGAAAAGUCACUGAGUUACAGAUACUUCUAAUUAUACCUACUUUAGUACUUCCACAACUUGAAAUACAGUUAAUUAUUGUAUCUAGGAAUCCACAUACAUAUACCACAUUUUUUUAGUUCGAUAAACUAUGUUACAAUUUUAAGUACCUGCCAAAAUAUUAUAUUAGUAUUUAGUAAAAGUGAAGAGUCCGAUUGCAAGUGUCCGAUCCGUUUCUGUUCCUUUUUGAUCUGUCUUGCUGAUAACAUGGCCACACUAUCAAGUUGUUAUUUAAUAUUAUGAGUAAUUAUUUACUCUUGCGAAUACAACGUUUCAUUACGAUGAUAGCAUAUUACGCAAGCUUUACGUAAUGUUACGUUGAAUUUAUAAACAUCACCUAUUGUUAUUCGCAUCCCAAUUUACUCCCAAAUCGACCAAUUGAUUUAGCGAACUAGUAUUCUACAGCAUUCUUAGACAGAUGGAUGUGCUUCUAUUGGCAACUUGGCUAUGUGUAGCCACUGCUGAAUUCGCAACGGACCUCGCUCAUAUCGAAGCUUUCAUUCAACAAGAGAAAUAUCUGCUCAGAAAAAAAUACCGACCAGUGUAUCAUAUAUCGGCGCCCGUCGGCUGGCUCAAUGACCCGAGCAGUUUUGUAUACUUCAAAAGGCAAUAUCACGUGUUUUAUCAGUAUCAUCCUUACAAUGGAGCAUGGGGACAUACUCGUUGGGGUCACGCAAUUAGUGAUAACCUCGUGGACUGGGCCCAUUAUCCACCAGCGCUUGUGCCCAAAGAAUAUUACGAAAAACAUGGAUGUUUGUCUGGUUCUGCGUUGGUACAUAAUAAUUAUCUGACUGUUUUCUAUACCGGUCAUGUAAUUUCUAAUAAUAAAACUUAUCAAACUCAAAACGUGGCAAUAAGUAGCGACAGUAUUGUCUUCCAAAAAUACCUCUAUAACCCAAUUAUAAGGAAAGGGCCCUACGGAGUAUCCGACUUCCGAAACCCCAUGGUAUGGAAUUACCGUAAUUGGUGGUACAUGAUGGUAGGGACCGCUAAAGACGGACUGGGACAUUUACUGCUUUAUAGCUCUGCAGAUUUGUUUAGCUGGACGUUGAAUGGCACGCUCGCAAAAUCGUUCGGGGACAUGGGACACAUGUGGGAGAACCCAGAUUUAUUCGAAAUAGACGGUCUGACCGUUUUGAUUUUGUCUGUUCAAGGAAUACAAGCUGAGGGUUACAGAUUCAGAAAUUUAUACCAGACCGGUUACGUCGUGGGAAAGUUUAAUUAUGUUACUGCGCGAUUCGAGGACUUUGAAGUGUCUACAGCAACAUUCAAGGAGCUUGACUACGGACAUGACUUUUACGCUGCAAAAACCGUGCAGGCCGCUGAUGGGCGCAGAUUAUUAAUUGCUUGGCUGGGGAUGUGGGAGAGCGAUUUUCAGGAAUCAAGAGAUGGCUGGGCUAGUUUAUUAACAUUGGUGCGUGAGGUAAAACUCACAUCCCAGGGCAGAAUUCUUAUGAUGCCAGUCAAAGAAACUGCUAAUCUCCGCACAGAAAUUUUGGAAGAUGCUUGGUACAGCCCAGGAGAAGCAUUCAGCGCAGGUACUAAAUCGUUUGAGUUAAUUGUGAAUUCGACAGCAGUUGUUUAUGACGCCAUAAUUACAUUGGAGUGGAACGGCCGACGACAGUAUACCAUCGGUUAUAUAGCGGAUCAGGGGCAUAUCACCGUGGAUCGCGGCGGGAAAGACGGCGUGAGGAGAGCGGAUUGGUUACCAAACGGACAUUUACAUUUGCGUAUUUUUGUCGAUUACAGCUCCAUCGAAAUAUUUUGUGGCAUGGGCGAGGUUGUCUUCUCAAGUCGAAUUUAUUUAAAAAGACCUAUUCUAGUGAAGAUCGGAGGUGAUACACAACUUCAUAUCACGCAAUAUAAGCUUAGGCGUGGUGUCGGUUAUGAUAAUAAACUCCGUAAACACCUAAAGGAACAUAUUAUCGCAAAAAAAGGAUAAUUAUUUAAUUUUGUCUGGGCAUAUCAAAAAUACCUAUAUCAAUAGUUACAAGUUUUAUUUCCGUCGGCAAACUAUUCACAUGGCAAUUUUUUUAUUAUGUUCUCAAAAACAAUGUGCGGUAUAAAGUAGUGUUAAAAUAUAACUUGACUGACUGUAUGUGUAGGUAUACAGGCUAGGUUGUGCCGAGUGCUAUCUCAAGUACCAGGUAUUCCUAAAGCUAUUUAAACCAUAGGUCACUGAUAUUCAAAAAGUGUAGAUACCUAUGCGGUAUGCCAUACUUGAUCAAAGGAAACCAAAAAGUAUUCCGUACCCACUUCACUUCGCACACAUAUACUUACAUAUUCGCGGCAUUGAAUUCCUGUGAAAAAGAUGCGUACUUGUUUUUAUGUAUGUUUCUCUCCUAUUUGUAAAGAAAUGUCAUAUUUGUUAAAGGGCCCUCCCCGAGCAAACGACCUUGCGCAAUUCGUUAGAAUGUGCAAUAAUUUACAAAUACCUAAUAUGUAAUUAACUAAAGUAAGUUUUAGGUUUAAAUAUAAUGUCUGUUUCUUUUUUCUAUAUUUAUGUGUUAUAAAUUUCGAAUAGAUAACUUUAAAAAAUACGGUUAAUGCGCCGUUUUGCUGGGAUAAAGCCUUAACGCAUAAACUAUUAUAAUAUGAACAAUAAAAAAACUAAAACCCGGUUACGGAAAAAUGUGCCAAGAUAAGGACUACGGUUAAGUUGUACACAGGACUGUAUUAUCGUACUUUUGUAAGUUAAAGCUUCAUAUUCUAUCUUCAUGUUCGGUUACCAUUUUUCAAUAGUCGGGUUUCAGUUGUAACUGUUUUUAUUUCAAAACUGUAGUAUCCGACACAAGCAUUGGUGUCUGUUUUGGCCACCUUCGGCAGGAGCUUGGGCCUUCGAGCAACACGGAUUAAUAAAGACGAAAGAUUCUUAGCAAGCGUCACAAAAUCAAACGAAAUAAAUAUAUGUUAUCAUUCACACGAUUUUAAAAAGUUUGUUAUUUAUGAAAAAUUGCAAGGCAGUUUUUAUCAUCUCUUGACUAGCUUAAUUUAAGGCUUUUGGAGAAUUAAAUAAUUAGAUAAUUAUCACUCGUAUUUUAUUUCCGGCGGAACGUUUCUAUUUCUGGUCAUAGAGUAGGUACCUAAUAUAU